AUUUUUAUAAUUCGACGAUUUUUUUACUAUUUUUUCUACGUAUCUAUGCAACAGUUAUAUCUAUAAAGUUGCUAGCAAAUAUAAACUUAUAAAAUCACGAAUACAUUAGCUUGGACUUGUGGACGAAAUUGCGUUUUAACGCAAUAAUAAAUCAUAUUUAUUUAAUUUUGCAAACUAAUAACAUUAUUGGUUCAAAUACCACUUAUUCUGGGAAGUUCCUCAGAUUGAGGAUAACUGGAUGCUUGAAGUUUGCUGCUUCAAAUUAUUAUGAGAAUAUCAGAAUGGAGAAUAAUGGAAUAAAUGAAGAGUGUGAAGUUCAAGGGACUGGUACAACAGCCAAAAAAGAUGAAGCUUCUCAAAUAGUACAAAUAUGCUCAGAUGGAAAAAUAUCAACAGACUCUAAAAAUACUCAAGUCCGUGUUGUACGGGGUACUAAAAAAGUAAAAAUAGAUACUAGUGAUAAUAAUAAUUGCGAAAAGAAAGAUUCUAAAGAUGAAGAAACUAAUACGGAACCAAAAGUAAAAUCUCUCAAAAGAUCUUGCGAGUUAUGGUCUAUGGAAGAUAAGAAUACUUUCUUCAAGGCACUAAAUGAAUAUGGAAAAGAUUUUGAUGCCCUGCAAAGCUAUUUCUUAUGUCAGGGAAGAAAGAAAGGUCUACCGGAUGUUAUGAUAAAAAACAAAGAACAAAUACGGCAUUUUUAUUAUAGGACAUGGCUGAAAAUUUCUAAGCAUUUAAAAUAUUCAGAAGAUGUAAAGAAAACUUCUCAAGAAUUAUAUGGUUUGAUCAAUUAUGGUGAACUCAGAAGAAAGCUACCUAGGAUACACGAAAAAAUACAUUUGAAGUUAAAUGAAUUAGUUUAUUGGGGAUCAACGCAAGUAAGAUUAAGAGGAAAAACUAUGAGAAUAAAGACACCUAUAUGUAGAGCAUUGAGAAAAUUAAAUCAGUUGGAAGAUUGGCAAGAAGAGAUUAAGUUACCAUCUAGAAUAACAAUUGAAUUAAGACCUCGCAAUAAUAUGGCUUGGUGGCAGGUGCAGGCAUCAUCGAUGAAUCCAAGAGUACGCACUUUACUACCUAUACAACGACGUCUAUCCAGUUUAUUAAUAUUUUUACAACAGAGAUGGAGGCCUGCAAAGUACAACAUACCUUCUAAUGUAGAAAAUGCAGCUGUUAAUGAGCUGAAAGAUACCCGCCUUUUACGGGUCGCACCAUCCGAAGGGUGUAAAAUUACUCUGCCAAUAGUAAAUCUUGGGGAAUAUCUCACCAGCAAUAGUGUUAGUUUAAAUUCUUAUGAAAAACGUCUGGGUCUAAUGAGUUCCAGAAUGAACUUAUUAGGAUCAGUGCAAUAUUUAAAAGGAGUUGAAAAGGGUAUUAAAAAGAGUAAAGUAGAUAAGAAGUGUUUGAAUCGAGCCGAAGAUAACUGUACAUUGCCAGACAACAACAGCGACGUGGAUGGAAUAGAAUCUGGCAGUAAUAUUUCAGAGAAACCUUCGACUCUUAAUAAUGAAGAAAAAUCAAAUUUGGAACAUCAGACAGAACCCAACAGGUUUCCAGGAAGAGAGACGAUUGAAAGAAUUCGAAAGGGAUGGAACGUUGAAGAAGCAAAUACUAUCACUGUAGGAGAUUUAUUUUACUAGUUCGGUCGCGAGUCAAAAAUUACCUUGGAGUAUUGGUGGGAUUGUCAUCCCGAAGAACAGCACAUUGGAGAAUCUACGUCGGGUUGUUUGCGCGAUAGUAAUUUGUGCCUAACUUUGCAGAAGUUAUUAUCUAUAGCAAAACAUAGUUAUGGUACGAGUAAGGGAUACGAUAAUACUUCUGGAAGUAACGAAACUGUGAUUUCAUCUCGUGUUCUUUCAACAAAAGAAUCAACCUUUAGAAGACCUCUUGUUCCACAAGCUUACCACAAAAUUGGUGCAUCGGAUGCUUUUAAAACACAGUUAGAUAAGUUCAAGACGCGCUUUUGUAAACGUGGGAGAACGGUAAGACAAAAAAGUCUCGUUGUACAAAGGGUAUUACCUAUAAUAUCUACAUCGGUUACUCCACCGUCCGACAAUCUACAAUCCACGUCAGACAAUUUUAACGCCUACCCUUCAGAGGCGAAUAAAAUAAAUGAUUCUUCUGUCAAUAACAACGAGCCAAAUGAUAAAUCACUAACUAUGAAUGUAAGUGAAGAACAAGAGAAACAUUUUUUGGACGAACUUGAAGUAGCAAGAGAUCCGAAACCUACAAAUUCUAUCAUAACAAGUGCUACACAGAUUCUUAAAGAAGGAGAACAUCAGUGGUUAAACAGUGAGGUAGCAGAUUUUUCAUUGAGUAGCUUUUUGGGUCAACUCGAAUCCCCUAUGAAAAUUUCUCAGAAUCAACAUGGAGACAAUAUCAUAGAAGAUAGUCGACCAUCGUCCGAUGUCGUGUCGCAUAUGCAGUGCCUCAUGGGUGAAAGUAGUGUAGAUUAUAUGGCAAAAUUUGCAAAUCUUGCAUCACAAAUGGCAUCGGAUGAUAGUAAAAGAUAAGAGAAUAUAAUUUUUAUAACAAUUUUAAUCGGACAUCUAUAUUAAAUUCAUUUAGAUGGGAUGAAGUUUUAUAAUUGGAGCAUAUACCAAUAUUUGGACUGAUUUAUUUAUCUUUUUGGUAUUUAAUUUAUCGAUCACAUGUUACCGUAAUAAUGAAACUGUUAAUGAAUAAAGAACUCAAGAUUGUUUCAUAUCACAUAAUUCAUGUGCAUACGAGUCCCGUUAUAUUCCGACUGAACUCUGUACAUUUUUUAUUUUUUUUAAUUUGCAAACUAUUCAACACUUUGUUGUAUAAAAACUUAGGUACUUAUAUUUUUUUUAUAACAAAUAUCAUGCAAAUGAUUUUUGCGACAUACAUAUUCCUAUUAUCUGUGUAUACUCAUCAAUAUUUCAUUGUGCAUAUAUUUUUCUAGAGAUUUAUAGGAGGCAUGGUACAAAUGCAAGAAGCAUACAUUUAUAGGUGAUAUUUCCCUGUCCCUGUUUAAUCUGUGACGCGAUACUUAUGUAUGGAAUUAUUUAGGCAAGUUUCCGUCUUCUUCCGUUGAAAGAAGAAGCAGUAAAUUCCUUUCAUAUAAUUUCCUUCACAGAAAAAGAUGAAAAAAAAUUCUGCAUUAAACUAUGAUAACAGAGUAAACGCAAUUUCUUUUUAACACUAUUGCUGUACUUGGAAGAAAAAAGGCUUCCAUGAAUGAUUGCAACUUUACGGAUGAAGUUAUGCUUGAAGACUAAGAAUAUGAUAUAAGAAUGCAAAAUGAAUAUUAUUAUCCAACAAUGAUCCAAGGGAAUAGUAGCUAUUAUAAGACUUAAAUACUUUAGAAUCGUAUAACGUUGAAAAAUGAAAAAGGUUGAAAUUGAAAUCAAAGUGCAAAUCAGUCGAGAUAGCAAUUUUCAUCUAAAAUUAGAUUUCUAUACAUAUAUAGCGAGAGAGAUUUGCAAAAAUUAGAAAUACGUGCGUGGAAUAUAAUUGAAACGAUAAUGAGCGGAACAUCCCGAGGAUACUUGUAUUCUUGGAAACGAAGCCUACAGUCUUUUCAACGAUGUGAUUUCCCCUGGACGUAAGCACUUUGUGCAAUGAACUGGUUUUACUUGUUUUUAUCGACCACAAAGACCAAAUCAGUAAUCAAGCCUGCUUUCUUUAGAGAAUAAAAUAAUUUUUUGACAAAAAAUACAACCUGCUUCGAAAUGCACUAAAAAUAUACUAAAUAUAUUUCAACCUUUUCGGAGGCGGUGCAAAAUCUCUUUUCGAAGUCAGUUAAAAAGAUGAUGCCAUUGACUCUUUAGAAGGACAUAGAGGAGGGGGGAAAAAAGGAUGUGUUCAGAAAACUUCAGACUUGAUACUGGUAACCCCUGCAGGAUGAUCACCCUCAUUACUCCCCUAUCCAUUGGAUCCGACGUCUUUUCAAGGAUUUCAUGCAACAAGUACUUUCGAUUAGUCUCAGGGUCGUGACACCGUUGCAAUUAAAGAAAUUUCCCAAUCACGAUUCCCGAUGACAAAAUUUACAUAUAGACUACAUAUAUUUAUUCGCGAGUCAAUUAUGUUUCGAUCGACGCGAAGUAAUUUUCUGAUUGUAUUCGGAUUAAACGAAUGGAAUUUAAAAAAAAAGAGGCGACAGAAUUCUCGCUAACGAUUUAAAAACGAUCACGUGCACACGAUGGCUACAGUAUUUAAUGCUACAGUGCAUCGAAACGACGUUGCAUUACAAUGCUCGAAGGUUGAUAUAAAUUUAUCUGCACAAUGUAGAAAACUAUUACAAUAUAUUAUACAACAUUAAAAUCGACAGUGAUCAAUUG